CGGGGUGCCUGUCUCCGUUAAGUGCCGGUCAGUCGCCCAUGCGCCCCACGCGCAGGGCCGCUGCACCUGUCCCGGGGCUUGCGGAGCCGUCACCCUAGGCCCUGCCCCACUCUCAGCCCCUGCCGACGUAGGGUGCCAUCAUUGGCAGGAAGAGCACAAUGGAAGUUCUGCGUCCAGCACUUAUAAGGAUUGGAGGGCGCAUUUAUAGGAAAAAUAAUAUUCGACAGCAGACCUAUCCAAAUGAAGAAGAGGAUGAUUUCUGUGCAGGCCCUGAGGAUCCCACAGAUGAGCCUUGUGAUGCCUUCAUGGUGGAAGAGACUGAGAGAGGUUUCCAGUGUACAGUGGAGGUUCCCAGCCCACUAUACAAGUAUAUCAUUGGAAAAAAAGGAGAAACCAGGAAGAGACUGGAAACAGAGACUCGAACUUCUAUCAACAUUCCCAAGCCUGGAAUGGAAGGACAAAUUGUGAUUACUGGACAACAGCGUAGUGGUGUCAUUUCAGCCCGAACACGGAUUGAUGUUCUUGCUGAGAGUUUCCGCAAGAAGCAGCCAUUCACACACUUCCUGUCCUUUGCUCUCAACCAGCCUGCAAUUCAGGAAAAAUUUCUACAGUUCAAGGAGGAAGUACUGGAGAAAUGCUCCAAGGAUCAUGGAGUCAAUAGCAGUCUGUUCCAGAACCCAGCAAAGCUCCAUCUUACUAUUGGGACACUAGUGCUCCUGAAUGAGCAGGAGACCCGGAAGGCAUGCGAACUCCUGCAGAGAAGUAAAGAGGACUUUAUUGACAAAAUUGUUGGAGGCAAAUCCCUGACUGUGGAGGUGGCAGGGUUAGAAUACAUGAAUGAUGACCCUGCCAUGAUCGAUGUUCUUUAUGCAAAAGUUUACAUGAAGGAUGAAUCAGACAAGUUACAGCUAAUAGCUGAUAGACUCAUGGAACAGUUUGUGACCUCUGGGCUGAUGAUGAAGGAGUGGGACAGGGUGAAACUCCAUGCUACUAUCAUGAAUACUCUCUUCAGGAAAGACACAAAUGUUGAAGAGCAAAAUAAUGCAACUACAGGCAAAUCAUCUUUCAAGGAACGGGAGACGUUUGAUGGCCGAAAUAUACUGAAGAUCUUUGAGAACUUCUACUUUGGAGAACUACAGCUGAAUUCAGUCCAUCUUUCUCAGAGAUUCUCCACAGACAGCUCUGGUUACUACGCUACAUCUGGACAGCUCACUUUCUCCUGAAAUAACAACUCAGAUGCUCCAACAGAUCUGCUGUGCACCCAGAAUUGUAAAGGGGUUACAUUAACUUUGGAGCCUCAAACGUGAAGAGAGAUCUCUUCUAUGGAUUCUACAAAGAGUAUGAUACCAUGUUAUUUCUUCAAAGAACCAUGCACAAUCUGCGACGUUGCACUUUCUUGAUGGAAGUCUCCUGCAGUCUUUCCUACAAAUAUCUCAUCUCCCUGUCUUUUCAAAAAGCUCUGGUCUGCUCCUACUUCCACCUCACACUGGUUUUUGAUUUCCCUUAACACUUCUAGUUUACAGGUUUCUUCCACUUGGAAGCUAGCUGGCAUCUUUAGGAUAAAGGGUCAUCGUCAGCUAACCUUUUAUAUGCAGUUUUUCUCGUUUUUAUCAGUUGUUUGAUGCCAUCUUACAAGUUUACAAAAAUAACAUUUAUUUCUCUACAGUUUCUUUCCCUCUGGCAAAUAUUUGUCUCUCCUAGCCUCCCUCCUCAGCCUUCUUUGUAAUGGAGCAGAAGACAUCUUCAUUUUGUUUACUUCGCUAUUUCAAAGCCCAAUGAAGUCAGUGGAAAGACUCCUAUUGAAAUCAGUGGACUUUGGAUCAGGCCUUAUAUGAACAGGAAUGUUGCAUGUGCCUGUUUACAUUUGUCACUAAACUGCUUGUUGUAGACAGCAGAGUGUGCGCACCCAGCUUUCUGUGUGUCGCACCAGGUCUUGAGAAUUUUGUUUUUAAAUGAGCAACUGUAACUCUCAAAAUAAACGUUUAAAAUCCAGAAGAGAUCCCCAGACUGUAAUAUAACAAUGUUAAGGCAAGCCAUUACGUGGGGCCCAAACAGUUUUACAGUGUUUCUGUAACAUUAAUUUAUUUGGUUAUUUUAACAUCACUAAUUCCUUUCCAAAAAAAAAAGUAUUUAACUCCUGUUGCAUUAAUAAAGCUAUCAAAUUAUUUUUGUAAGCUUUUUGCACUUGUAUUAAUAAACCAUUUGCAAUAAGUGCAGUGAGAACUGUUUAAAGCAGUCAUUCCUGAGGCUGUCAAAAAUCUGUUUAUUGUAAAUGGUUUUCUGAUAAAGGAGCAAAAUUAUUACAGUUGGUGACACUUUGAGACAGCAUCUUAAGACAGUUUGCUUAAACAAUACUGAUCUGUUUCAUGUUAUCUGGGGAUCAUCUUUCCAAAUUCAGUAAUAGUGGCAACAUAGUCUUUUUUUUUUCUUCUUUCUUUCACUAGGAAAGUUUAAAAAUGGAUGAUCCUGGUUUCUUCAUUUUUGUAUUGAAAACAUUCCUUUUGCUCAGAAAAUCAGUUUUAAUAUUCACCCGUUAGUCUGAAGCUACCCUGUACUCUAUUUUAAUAUUUUUUUCUCCAGCUCUCUUCCCAUGCUGCCCAAUGCCACUGCACACUUAUCCUCCGGUGGGAAGAGCCUCUUCUAAAACCACCCUUAAUGCUGCUUAGCUAGUAAAGCAUGUGUACCCACACUUGGGACCUAAUCCUGUGAGAUGCUGAAAGCUCUCAACUCCUGUUGGUUUCAGCUUUCAGCAAGAAGCAUAUCUCAGGAUCAGGCUGUUAGUCUUCCACCCAAAAGUACAGACUAGAUUUUCUUUUUGCGAUAGAAAGAUAUACAUAUAAAAGCUUCUCAGCAUGUUUUAUUUUUAACAUCUGUAACCAAGAAGCUGUUUAUGCACUUAGCAAUAUACUUCAGAGUAAGUAUUCAAGCUCUAAAGGACACUGAGUACUAUUUUUAUUCCUCUUCGUAAGCAGUUCUGUCUUAGAAGCUUAGCUAUAAAAUUUCCUUUCCAACUA